GCGCAGGGAUCCGGACGGCAAUCAUCUGUUCGUGCCAUGUCCGCGAUGUUCCACCCGCGAUCCGGACGCUGCGUUAAUUUCUCUAAUGGCAAUAAGACAGCGAUUCGGACCAACCCCACGCAGGAGUUCAACAGAGGACUUAUCUUCAGUCUCGAGCCGAUCAAGGACAAUGAAAUUUUCGAAGUGAAGAUUGACAAAAAGCUAAACACAUGGAGUGGGAGCAUAGAGAUUGGAGUCACCGUGUGCAACCCCGAUGUUAUCGAUAUUCCCAUCACAGCAACAGACCUCAGAGGCGGAACAUGGAUAAUGCUAGGCCAAGGAGUGUUGCGGGACGGCCGAUCCCUGCAUGAGGCCUAUGGCUGUGAUUUGGACAAGCUGGUGGAGGGGGACAGAGUGGGGGUUAUGCGAACGUCACAGGGGGACCUCAAAUUUUUUGUGAAUGGAGAGUGUCAAGGAGUGGCAGCAGUCAAUUUGCCGCAAAUAUUAUAUGCUGUGGUUGACAUGUACGGCAAAUGCGCUCAAGUUACCCUCACCGCGCCCUCAACUCCAGAUUCAAAUACAUUAGAUGAGGAUUCCAUAAGUGAACUCUCAUCCAUGCGUGACUCCAACAUAUUGGACUCUCAGCCUGAAACCAAUAUUAUCGCCACCUCCAUUGUAAAUAACCAAAGUAUAACCAGCAACAACACCGCAGUUGUAAAUCUAACCUCCUCCAUAAAUGUCGGCACCUGCAGUGCACUUAGUAAUCAUGUAGCAAAUAUUAGUAUUGCCAAUAGUUUGAUGUCCAACAGUGAUAGUAAUGUCUUACAUGAUGAGAGAGAUGGGAGAGAAAGUAGUUGCGAUGUUAGUGAAUCCAAUAACCCAUCCCCGCGACCUUUGGAGACCACAGUGGUGCCCUCGUCAGUCCCGGCCACCAGUUGUGGGGCCACACAGACUAGCGGAGGGGGCAAAAACGCGGGGAAUAGUGCGACCCAGUCAGGCUACAUGUGCGGCGGGGCAGUAGGCGGCUCGGGUAGCAAUAACUGCGAUGGGGGGAAUAACAACGGGGGCGGUAAUAACAACGGAAACACCAACGGCAACGCUAACAGUGUGGGGAACCAGGCAGGUAAUAAUAACCCAGGACCUGCAGAUAACAGUGUGAAUUACGACUCGACCAACGAUCGGCUGAGGUUCCACGACAAGUGUGGAACCCUCGUGAAGUUGUCCAACAGUGGGAGAACAGCAGAGAGAAGACGACCACUUGAUGAAUUCAACAAUGGAGUUGUAAUGAGCUGCAGAGCACUAAGGGAAAAUGAAUUAUUUGAGAUACGAAUUGAUCGUCUAGUGGACAAGUGGUCGGGCAGCAUUGAGGUAGGGAUUACAACACACAAUCCCAGUAUCUUGGACUUUCCGGCCACAAUGACAAACAUGCGCUCAGGGACUACAAUGAUGAGUGGGACCGGCAUACUCACCAACGGCAAAGGAACGCACAGGGAAUAUGGGGAAUUCAACCUUGAUGAGUUGAAGGAGGGUGAUCGGAUCGGCAUGAUGCUAAAGACUGGUGGAGAACUUCACUACUAUAUCAAUGGCCUGGACCAGGGCGUUGCUGCUACCAAUGUACCGCCUCCCGUGUGGUCUGUUGUUGAUCUCUAUGGCAUGACAGUGAAAGUGACGAUAGUGGACCGUGACCAGCGAGAAGAACAGAACUUAAUCACUCGAAGAAACACUCAGUUGUCGGAUAUCCAGCCACCUUUGUCCGAUACAGUGCCCUCAGAUGAUGAAAUCAGUGAGGCUUUGCUAUUCCACAACAAUUGCGGGACAUUCGCUGAAGUCAUCAACAACGGUCGCACAGCCCAUCGCCCAAAUGCUUCUGAUGAUUUCAACAACGGCGUAGUUCUGACACGUCGUCCCCUGAAACCAAACGAGAUGUUCGAAGUGAGAUUAGACAAGUGCGUCGACAAGUGGGCUGGCUCGCUGGAAAUUGGCGUAACAACACACGCGCCUACAGAUCUGGAGUACCCAUCUACCAUGACCAAUGUUAGAUCUGGAACGUGGAUGAUGACAGGCAAUGGGGUAAUGCAUAAUGGUACUACAAUCAUUGAUGAGUAUGGCCAGAAUUUAGAUAGGCUUAAGGUUGGUGACCGAGUUGGAGUCAUCCGCAAGGACAAUGGAAAUUUAAUUUUUUAUGUGAAUGGAGUGGAGCAAGGACUAGCAGCCAGUAAUGUGCCCGAGCGAAUUUUUGGUGUAGUCGACCUCUACGGCCAAGCAGCUCAGGCUUCCAUUGUGCAACAUUCUGAGCACUGUUCAUCGGAUGUCUUGCCAUCUAGUCUCUCAAGCUCUACCAUAUACAGUGAUCUCCGAUUCCACCAUUUACAUGGAAAGAAUGCGCGCAUAUUGAAUGGAGGAUUAACAGCUCAGCGCCCCAAUGCCCAUGGAGAAUUUAAUGAUGCCAUUGUUAUCAGUAAUAGGCAGUUACAUGAAGGGGAAAUGUUUGAAGUUAUGAUAGAUAAAAUGGUAGACAGAUGGUCAGGAUCCUUGGAAGCUGGGGUGACAGCCAUUCCACCUGAGGAGAUUGAUUUCCCCAGCACCAUGACAGAUAUUGAUUAUGAUACCUGGAUGCUGAGUGGUUCUUCCGUCAUGCGAGAUGGUGUGACUAUCAUGAACAAUUACCGGUGUGACUUAGACUCCCUUGGGGUUGGCACACGCGUGGGUAUGAUGCGACACUCGGACGGCUCGCUGCAUUACUACGUCAACGGAGAGGACCAGGGCACAGCUUGCGAAAACCUUCCUCCUGGUUUGUGGCCUGUGGUGGACCUGUAUGGGCAGUGUGCGCAGGUGACCAUCGUGCACAACCCCAUCCGUCAUGACCAAUCUCUCAUCUCCGUGUCACAGUACUUGGACAUGUCCCAUCUCUCACUGCCUGCUGCUGGACAGGCCAGUGUUGGCUCAGAGGUAUUGCACCGUUUUUCCAAAUGCUGUGGAGCUAACAUAGCCCUGAGUAACAACGGUACAACAGCAGCUCGUGUACGGCACUUCAACCAUGGCUUGCUGUUCACUUCUCAUCCAUUAGAAGCAGAGGAACUGUUUGAGGUUCGCAUUGAACAGGUCUCAGAGGGUUACUGUGGAUCUUUGAGCAUUGGUCUGACCUCUCUCCCAGUGACAGACUCUUACCCAGCAGUCAGCCUCCCGGCCACUCUAUCUGGAAUAGAAUCUGCUGACACUUGGUGGGUCAGCGGAUCUGACGUGAGAAGGAAUGGGUCCUCUGUCCUUAGGUUGAAUUUCUGUCCUAAUCUUGGGAGGUUGCUUGUUGGGGAUCGCAUUGGCAUCAAGAAAACAAGCGAUGGUGCAAUGAGGCUGUAUAUAAAUGGCGAAGAUUUUGGAAUUGCUGCAACUAAUGUCACUAAGAGAGUAUUUGGUGUGGUUGACCUUUUUGGCUUCACGGAGUCAGUGGUCAUAACAAGUGUCUCGAGACAAGCAAGUUCACCUGUAAUGGACUCCACUGUUAUGGCCACCAACAACAAUGCUGUGUCACAAGAUUCUCUCGAGCUUUCUCAGCCAGACUCUCGCCAUCCUUUGGGCCAUCACUCACUCACAUCAGGCUUUCACCCAGCAACGUCUGCCCACAUUCCUCAUGAUCACAGGGUAACAUCUGAGACAAAGAUGACAAAUGACCAGAGAGGACAAGAAUCCGGGCAGAAUGGUCGGCAUCAUCAAGGAGGGGACCUAAGAACUAGCAGCCAUUCUCAUGGGGCACUUGAGCUGUCGACAGAGGGCAGGCAGCAACACUCAAGCUUAGGAAAUAACAAAGACUCUUCUCUGAUUCUGUUUCAUGAGAAGACUGGCAAAAACAUCCAGCUCUCCAGUGACCGCAUGUCAGCUCGUCGAUCAGAAAGCUAUAACCAAGGGAUUGUUAUGUCAGUUAAACCUCUACCAAGGAAUGUAGUCUUCCAGGUUCGAUUGGGGUCCUUGAAUUCCCGUUGGUCAAGUUCCCUCAUGAUUGGCGUGACGGCACAGGCCCCCGAGAAGAUCCACCUCCCAAACACAGUCUUUGCACUGAAACGUAACACAUGGGUUAUAUGUGGUGAUUCAGUUUUCUACAAUGGGGUUAAAAUCAAAGGUCGAUAUGGGCCAGACUUAGACAGUUUAGCAGGAGGACCCAGUGGCCAUCUAGUGGGUAUCAUGGUGGACGACGAAGCACGACUGCACCUCUUGGUCAAUGGUGUUGACCAAGGGGUUGCUGCGAAGGAAAUACCACCAAACCCUUAUGUUGUUCUGGACUUAUAUGGACAGUGCCAGGAGGUUACCUUGUGUAAUAAUAGCAUGAGCAUGGAAAUGGCCAACACAACUACCACCAGUAUUUCAUCCACAAACACAAUCAAUAGCAGCAGUAAUACCCUCGCUAACAGCACCACCACAAGCCCAAACACCACAUCUAACACAACCACCACCAUCACAUCAGCUGCACAGAUUGGCAAUGAACAGAAUAAGAAAAACCUACUCAAGACUCAUGAGCAUCACCACCACCACCACCGUCAUCACCACACUACCCACAACCUGCAGCAGCAACAGCAGCAACAACAACAGCAGCAGCAACAACAGCAGCAACAACAACAUCAGCAACAGCAACAGCAGCAGCAACAACAACAACAACAACAGCAGCAGCAACAGCAACAGCAGCCGCAGUCACAACAGCCAUCACUUCUGCCUGGGCUGGUCACUCUUCAGGAUAAUUCCCCAAGCAACAUCUCCAAUAACGACUCAGCAGUUGUCAGACAAACCGAUUCUAAUUUCCAGACGGAGCAUAUCACUCAGCCACAUCCUCCCAAACUUAAGGAGAAGGCGAUUUCUCGUUCUCAGCCUGAUAGCAGUAUGGUGAAGAAUUGUGAAUACCAAAAUAUGUGCUAUCGAUUCAAGGCUUCAUUAGCUCUACCAGAGGGAUACUUUAGUCCAGAAGGCAACUUAUGUUACUGUGAAACCUGUCAUAAAAUACGGGGGGAUGAACCAUAUUAUACAAAAGGAAAUCCCCCAAAACAUUACGCACAACCGUUUGGCUGGUGUCGUUUUGCACUCGUAAGUGGGGUUGGUGAUAACAAUGAGUCGUGGCACAUGGCAUAUCAUGGCACCAGACCUGGGGCAGUAAGACGUAUGUUAGACAAAGGAGAGCUUCUGUUCUCAGGUGAAUUAGGAGUGAGUUCAACCUUAGCUGGUCGUCGAAGUAAAGAUGACGAUAGUGAUGGAUCCCAGUUAUGUUUCUCUCCCACUAUUUCAUAUGCUUCUACAGACCAGUUUUCACCUGCUGUCUUGUUCGUUGACCCGUGCACAAGAAAAACAUUACAUGUUCGGGUGGUACUGCAAAUAGCAGUUAAACCUGGUUCGUACAAGGUUGGUUCGCCUUCCAUACCCUGGACUCCUAGCCUGCCCAACACCCACUCGACCCCAGACUCGCACCUGCAGCCCGACACAAUAGAGUGGGUAACAAAAGAACGAGGUGCAACUCAGCUCCUGUCCCUUCUGAUUAGAAUCGAAGAGGAAAAGUGAAUAGCUCAAUAUAAAAUAGCAUUUACCGAUAUUAGUUCUUUUCAAUGGAUUUAUGAUAAGUAUAUAGUAUGUCAACUCUGCCUCCCUCCAUCCCUGAUUGAUAUAUUGCGAAGUCAGUGGUAGAUGCAAAUCAUGUACAAUCCAGUGGACAGACUUACACAUGGCUGUAGCAUAAUGGCAAGCACACUGAUUAUUUUUUAUUAUUUUUUUCAUGUAAAUAGAAAUGAAUAUCUUUCAAAACACAGCACAACCCUGUGGAUGGCUAUGCAUAAUGGAAAUGUUUUGAAGGUAAAUCAUGAUCAUACAUAGUGUAUAAAGUUUUUUGUAAUUUCAUUUUGCUAUUGUAAUAAGCAGCAAGUUUACAUUUCAUCAGAAGACACAAAAGUGAUUGCAUUUCAAAUCUUUCAACAUUAAAGUAUGGAUCAAAAUGCCAGGUUCUUUGGAAAAUUUAAAUAUAUAUAUAUAUGUAUAUAUAUAUUACUAUGCAAUUGAGACUUUGUGUACUUUUCUAAUUUGUAAUUUUUAAUAGUGUUUGUACUGAAAAUAACAUUUUUAAUAUUCAUAUCAAAAUUAACAAAACAUUAACACUAUCAAAUAAUUUAAUUCUAUUUAGGUGUGUCAUUGGUCAAUCAUCUUUGGGUGUAUGAAUAAGGCGUAGCAUUAGGACCAAUUAGUCAUUUUAGUAAUGUUCCCAUUUUAAUCAGUGUUCAAUAUAUUUUCCCAUUUGUAAUGUUCAGCUGCCCUUCAGAAAAGAGAUUAAUCGGUAGAGAAUCAUACAAGAACAAAUACCUUGACUGGAAAUUGAUUUUAAAAAGGAAGAUGCAUACUCCUUUGUGAUUAUUAAACAUGGGAACCAGGCAGGAAUUUCAACAUUCUCAUUAUUAUGAUGAUUAUGGUUCAUUUUUUUCACUUUCAUUUUUCUAAAUGUGAUAAUACAUCAUUUAAGUGGAUAAGAGUUCUUUGUCAUUUAAUUUGAAAUGUAUGUGUUUGUGGAUAAUUUAUUUAUUAUAUUUAUUUUGCCCUUCUUUCCUUCUCCACUGGCAUUGGUUAAUUAGAAACAGAAUAAAUGUGCAGGUGUGACUUAUAUGUACUUUUGUGUAUGAGUAAGCAUAACUUGAAAACACUGAUGGGUGAAACUAAUAAUGCAAGAGAGAAAAUAAGGAUUUCAAAGUGCACUGUUGACUCUUAGUUUGUAUAAAAAUUUGUUAAAGAAUGCCCUGAUUUUUGUUUUUUUAAUUAUUAGUAGGAUAUAUAUGGAAUGCUGUUUCAGUAGAAGUUUUGUACUUUGUCCCCUUGUUUUAUACACACACACACUCACUCUCACUCACACUCACACUCACACUCACACUCUCUCACUCUCACUCUCACUCUCACUCUCACUCACACUCACACUCACACUCACACUCACAC